UCUAAUGCCAAUAGGAUGGUGCUGCCGUCUAGGGGUCUCUGAUACAGUAAUGAGUUCAUUAGGUUAAAAUGUGGCAGAAAUGCCUAGAUUACUGUAGAGUGGCGAAUAGCACAGUAGAUUAGUGCAGUCUGUAAAAUAGCUAUUGUGAGCAGUGCUGGUCAGUCAGGGUGAUUCCCCACAGUAGCAGCUGGUAGAGAGAUAAUCCAGAUAAAGCUUCAACACAUACAGAGAGAGAGAGAGAGAGAGAGAGAGAGAGAGAGAGAGAGAAAGAAAGAAAGAGAGAUGAAGGCUAAUUCCAAUCUCCUAAUCCCCUCACUGCCCCCCUCCAUGCUUCACAAUUCAUCAACACUGGCUGACCAACGCUAGACACACCUACUCACAUAUACACUCAAAAACAUAAUUCAGUGUCUGUAAAUAAGCAGCAGAAUUCCUAAAGGACUGUACUGGACUCAUCUAUGGUGGAGCCACAUUGGUCUGUGGAGUAAAGCAGGGGAGGUAGAUGCACUUGGGACAGAAGGCAAGAUGGGAGAAGCUCAAAAGGGCUUGCUCUCAGUUAUUGAGAAACUAAAGGGUUCGUCAGAGCAAGAAGUGAGGAUACUUCUGCUUGGGCUGGACAAUGCAGGAAAAACUACCAUACUGAAGAGCUUGGCCUCAGAGGACGUCAGCACUAUCACACCGACACAGGGUUUUAAUAUAAAGAGUGUGGCCUCUCAUGGGAUGAAGCUGAACGUGUGGGACAUCGGUGGACAGAGGAAGAUCAGGCCUUUCUGGAAGAAAUACUUAGAAAACACAGAUUUGCUGAUCUAUGUAAUAGACAGCGCAGACAAGAAGAGGUUUGAGGAAACAGGAAUGGAGCUGUCUGAGCUGAUAGAUGAGGAGAACCUGAAGGGUGUGCCUGUGCUGAUCUUUGCGAAUAAACAGGAUUUGGCCACGGCGUCUCCGGCCAGCGAGAUUGCAGAGGGACUGAACCUGCACACCUACAGAGACCGAGUGUGGCAGAUCCAAGCCUGCUCAGCAGUGAGCGGAGAGGGAGUACAGGAUGGUAUGAACUGGAUCUGCAACAACAUUGUGAACAGGAAGAAAUGAAGACGCCUACUGUUCCACCCUCAAAUAAACAGGGUCUGAUCCAGUCCAUAUCAAUGAGGCCUGCAUGGUUAUGUCCAAAACACAGAGUCUCUGUAUGUAGCCUUUCAGUAAUGAUCAUCAUGAUUAACAAACGAACAACAUUGGUUAUGUUUUAAAACCACCAAACCUCCCAUGCCCUGAAAAUUAGUACUCUCAUCUGAAAAAAGAGGAAUCCCUGCUGGAAAAUAAUCGGACUGACUGGAUAUUUACCCUUCUGCUGCUUUUGAAUUGAGUUUAAUAGGAUUGGUGCCACACCUUAUAAUCCAGUGAAAUGUUCAGCAGCUUUGUCUGCCAGUGCUGUGAGUGAAAUGGGGUGAUCAUGGCUUCAAAUUUUGGCUGAGACUCAGGAAACAAAGUGUUCUCCUUUAGCUCUGUUGUCUGUGCUGUGUCAACUAGCCAAUCAUCAUCUGAGUGUGAACUGUUAUCAGUGUAAUGAGACUUUGUCAUUAAAAAAUGUUAGUAAUUCUUUAUAAGUCA